AUGAAUAAUAAUCAAGUUACUUCAGUUACAAGCGGAACUACUGUGUUUACACCUGUCUCAGUUGCUGCAGCCUCUGUUGUGACAGCAUCAACAGUCAACUUCACUCCGUUAUCAGUUACAAUAUCACCUGCGGGUGUCACCCAAGCAGGUCAUCCGAUAUUUGCUGCUAAUGCAUCUGGUUUGAUGUUUCCUACAAUGACUGCAGCUGCCCACCAUCAUCUUGUGCAACAGCAAGCAGCAGCAACCGUUAUGUUGCCAAAUGUUAGUGUAGCUUCCAUGGCAACUAUGCACCCGUCAGCAAUUUCACUACAACAACAACAGCAGCAAUUUUUCGCUAUGGCUGCUAUGCCCGCUCUUGCUCAGUCAAUCGCUGCCUCUCAAUCGUCUAAUGGUGUUCAGCAAAAUGCGCAACAUCAACAGGGCACUAAUGCUCAACCACCGCAGGCUUCAAUUCAUUUUCAACCAGAGUUAAAAGCUGUGGCUACACCUUCUGGUCCUAUGAUGGUAUUAACUCACAUAGCUACAACGAAUCAAUCCAAUCAGGCUCAUCCUCUAACUGGUCAAACUAUUUUCCCUCAGGUUGUUGGUUUUCAUGCGACAGCAGCUCAGCAACAGCAACUACAACAGUUACAACAGCAGGCGGCUGUUGUUCAGCACCAACAGUUGUUACAACAGCAACAGGCUAACUAUGCAGCGGCUGUUGCUGCAGCUGGUACUCAUUUGGUUGCAGUCUCUGGUCAAGGUCAUGGGAGUUGUAAUCAAACUGCUACUAACCAAGCACAACAAUUCCAGCUUCACCAUCAAGCUACUCAACAGUUACAGCAGCAACAACAUGCCGUGGCUCUCGCAGCACAUCAGCAAGCGGCUCAUAACUUCCUUUUCAAUCCUAGUAACCAUGGGGGUACAGUAGCAGCAGCUACUGGUACUCCAACCACGUUUUUUUGUCAUCCUCAGGAAGGAAUGACAGCUGGUUUAAUUCUCGCUUCCUCGACAGAUCCGGCUAGUUUUGCAUUGGCUGCUGCUCAGGCACAAGUUGCUGCAGCCGCUGCUGCUCAGCAGCGGCAGCAAAAUAGUGUGAAUACAGCUAAUAAUCAGAAUACUUCUGCGAUCGCUGCCACUCAGCUACAAGUGAUUACUAAUUAUUCCCCUGCGGAUGCUCAACAGACUGUUGCCCAUCAGCAGUUACAGCAUCAACAGCUUCUAUUACAACAACAGCAUCAACAAAGAUUAGCAGCUAUGGCCGCUGCCGCAGGAGUUUCGCAAGCUGCUGCAAUAGCCAAUCCUCAUACUGGAGUGUUAGUAUCCUCAAAUACUGGAACGGUAAUCAAUGGCACAUCGGCAUCUGUGAUUGUAAAUUCAACCCAGGAAGAACAGCUUGCUCGAGUUCAACAUUCUGCUCACUUUUUGAUGGGACAACAAGAGGGAACUGCCGCAGCAGUUAGUAACUACCGACUAGCUGCAUUCACAAACGCUGCCGCAGCGGCUGCAUUGUACCAACAACAACAUCCUGGUUUUAUGCUUGCAGCAGCAGCUGCUAACGCUGGGGCCAGUAAUCAGGGUCCUGGUGCCGUCUCACAAGGGUCAGCGACUGCAGCUGCGAUAACUUUACAACAACAACAGCAGCAACAACAGUAUCAACAACAGGCGGGUCUAAUGGCUGCAGCAGCCUACCAUCAUCAACAACAGCAACAGGUAGCUCAUCAUCAGGCUUUACAACAACAACAGCAAAUUCAGGCAGCACUCCAACAACAAUGA